GUGGUUUGAAAAUUCUCUAUGCAUUUAGUGAGGUUAGUUUUUUUAAUUGUAAGUUCUUUAUUGUGUUUAAGUAUAUCUUUAAUGAGAUUACAGAAUUUGGUUAGGUAUGUAAUUGAGUGGGAAUUAUAUUCUUUAAAUUCUUCUUCUAUUGUGGUAACUUUGGUAUUUGAUUGGUUAAGUUUUAUAUUUUUAAGAUUUAUUUUAUUUAUUUCUUCUAUGGUUAUAUUUUAUAGGGGGGGAUAUAUAAGGGGAGAUAAACAUUAUAAUCGUUUUAUAUAUUUAGUACUUGCUUUUGUUAUUUCAAUAAAUGCUUUAAUUGUUAGGCCUAAUUUAAUUAGUAUUUUAUUAGGGUGAGAUGGGUUAGGGUUAAUUUCUUAUGUAUUAGUGAUUUAUUAUCAGAAUGAAAAAUCUGCUAAUGCGGGAAUGUUAACUGUUUUAUCAAAUCGGGUAGGAGACGUAGCAAUUCUUUUAAGUAUUGCUUUGUUUUUUAGAAUGGGGGGCUGAAAUUUUAUGGUUUGAAGAUUAUAUACUAGUGAAGAUAUAAUUUUAAUAAAAGUAUUAAUUGUUGUGGCUGCUAUAACAAAAAGAGCACAAAUUCCUUUUUCUGCUUGGUUGCCAGCUGCUAUGGCAGCUCCAACACCAGUUUCUGCAUUAGUACAUUCGUCAACUCUGGUGACUGCUGGUGUUUAUUUAUUAAUUCGAUUUAGGCCUAUUUUUGAAGGGGCUUCGGUUCAAUCUUUUUUAUUAAUUAUUUCUUGUACAACUAUAUUUAUAGCAGGUCUAGGGGCGAAUUUUGAGUAUGAUUUAAAGAAGAUUAUUGCUUUAUCUACUCUGAGUCAAUUGGGGGUAAUAUUAAGAGUUUUAUCUUUGGGGUUUCCUGAUUUAGCUUUUUUUCAUUUAUUAACUCAUGCUUUAUUUAAGGCUUUAUUAUUUUUAUGUGCGGGGGUUGUAAUUCAUAGUUUGGGAGAUUAUCAGGAUAUUCGUAUAAUGGGGGGCUUGAUUAUUAGAAUACCUUUAACUGGUGUUUGUAUAAAUUUAUCAAAUUUAUCUUUAUGUGGUAUACCUUUUAUGGCUGGAUUUUAUUCUAAAGAUUUAAUUUUGGAGAUAGCUUUUAUAAGUAAUAUUAAUUUUAUUAGGUUUAUUAUAUAUAUCUUAGCUACUGGUUUAACAGUAAGUUAUACUUUUCGUUUAAUUUUUUAUAGGCUUACUAGAAUAAGGCAUAUUAGAAAUAUGAGGGGGAUUAGCGAUAAUGAUUUUAUUAUAACUAAUCCUAUGGUAAUAUUAAGAUUAAGUUCUAUUUUAAGAGGAGCAAGAUUAUCUUGAGUAAUAUUUCCUGAAUAUUAUAUAAUUUGUUUAAGGAGGUUUAUAAAAAGUUUGGUAUUAUUAUUAUUAUUAAUUGGUUCUUUUACUGGAUAUAUAUUAAAUAUUAUAAGUUUAAAUGAAACUUUAAGUAGUUUAGGUUUAUAUUUUAUUAGAAGGUUUUCAGGAUCUAUGUGAUUUAUACCUUUUUUAUCUAGGGUAAAAUUAAAUUAUUAUAUUUUAAAAUUGGGAAAAAGGUAUGAUAAAAUUGGAGAUAAAGGAUGAUCUGAAUAUUUUGGGGGACAAGGAGGAUUUAGUGUAAUUAUAAAAGGUUCUUAUUAUUUAGAAGUUACUCAGGGUAAUAUAAUUAAAAUUUAUAUAAAGAGGUUUUUUUUAUGAGUGACUAUUGUUGUUAUUAUGUUGGUUUUAAUUUAA